AUGGUUUAUGCUCAUAGAGUAAUCAAAAAAUUAUCCAAUAACACUGCAAAUACAACGACCACUAUCGCAGGUAAUGGUACUGCUGGAUCCGGACCAUAUAUGCUGGAAAAUCCUCGAGGAAUCUUUGUUGAUAUUAAUUUCAAUUUGUAUAUAGCAGAUUGUGGAAAUAAUAGAGUACAAUUACUACAAUGGGAAUAUGUAAGCAUGACAACCGUAGUAGGAAAUGGAUCAAAUGAAACAAUUACAUUCAGUUGUCCAACUAUUGGAUCAAAUGCUGAUGGUUAUCGAUGUAUAGUAGGAUGUACAAAUGGAAUUGGUUCAGUAUCCAAUCAAUUAAGUCACCCUUGGAGUCUUAGUUUUGAUAGUUAUGGAAAUAUUUAUGUUGAUGAUUUUGGAAAUUCACGGUUACAAAAAUUUCUUUUUAUAAGUAAUUCUUGCGAUGAAGUUAUAGUCUAUAAUGAUACACUGACAUCAACUACAAAUCUAAACAUAACAACAACUACUUCCUAUCAAAAUGGUGGACAAUCCACAUCUUCAAUUUUUUUACCUACUUGUCUAACACCUUUAUCUAUCAGUUCUAAUUGUAAUACAUCCGCUUUAAUAUGUGAUAUACGUCAACCUUGUCAAAAUAAUAGUACUUGUAUUAAUGAUAAUACGAUCAUUCGGGGAUAUAAUUGCUAUUGUCUACCUGAUUUUAACGGGACAGAAUGUGAAUAUGAUUAUCGAAUUUGUCAAUUACGUACUUGUUCAUAUAAUGGCAUAUGUUAUCAAUCAUCAAAUACAACAUUUAACUGUAGUUGUAAUGAAGGAUGGCAAGGUGUACAUUGUGAAAUAAAAAUCAAUUAUUGUAAAAAUAUAACAUGUUAUAAUCAAGGUGUUUGUCAAUCAUUAGCAUCGAAUUAUACAUGUCUUUGUAUUGGUGAAUACUAUUCUGGUCGAUAUUGUCAAAUAGAAUCUGGAAUGAUCGUUACCCUCGAAAGAGUUUCGAAAUCUUUUGGAUAUAUAGCAAUUAUUUUUUUGAUAAGUACUGCAUUAUUUAUUAUUACAAUGGAUAUAUUAAAAUAUUAUUUUGGUAUUGAUCCAAUAUGUAAAAGACUUCAAUCAAGAAAACAUAUCAAAAAAACGAAAGUUAUUCCUGUCGUACAAAAAUUUUAUUAUAAAUCAUCAUUAAAAAAACGACCUGAAAACUCGAUUAGCUUAAUAGACGAGACAAAUAUUUAA